AUGGCCACCCGGGCCACUAUCCAACCGCACAGCACAGCGUCGGGUUGCUUCAGCUGCUUUAGCUGCUUUGCAAAGAGGGAGAUGAAAUGCUUGGAACGCAACAGAAAGAUGAUCCAGGAGAAAGUUCAAGGCCUCCAGCGCGAUAUCGCUUUGGCUGAAGAAGAUCAAGAGAAACACGAGAAGCUGAUCAGCAAACAUCAGACACUUCGAAGCCAUUUGCGGGUCGAGCUGCAUGAGUUGGGCCAAAAAGUGCAACAACAUCAACAGGCACAUGACUAUCUUUAUUCCCAGGUGCAACAGAGCAAACUGCAGUUGGAAGAGAUUCGCGCCGCUCGCGAUCGCUUGAAGGAGCAGGUGGCUGCUGAAGCUCAAGAACUGCAGGUGGUGGAGGUGGAAUGCAAACGAGCGACAAUGGAAUUGGAGACUGCGAAAGAGGAGAAGGAACAGAUCGAAGCGCAGGUGGUGCGUCAGCGCGAGGAGAAUGCCGCCUUGAGGAUGGACCUCGAACGGGCCGCCUUGGAGGCUGCGGUCGCUCGCGCCAAGAUGAUGGCUGCCAAGGAGGAGACCGAUGAAGCCGCCAAGGCCUUGAAGGAACUCAUUGAUGGCUUGGGCACUCUGACAUCUGCAACUUUGCCACAGAACGUCCCCAAAGUUUUGACAAUUGAUGCCAACAAUGAUCUCUUCACGCAAGUGAAGGCUCCUGUGCCUUCAGGCCCUCACAAUGACCUCCUUUCUCCACAUCCGUGCAACCGCUGCUCACCCGGUUCUUCCACCCCCGUCCAUGGCGCCAAAACGCCCCGCACUCCUGGGAUGAUGCCAGCCUUCCGUGGCAAGUCGCUGUCGCCCCCCUACUCCGCCAAUGGUGGUCGCACUCCCACCCCCGUGACGGGACGGUCUCCAACACCAACCAGUGGAGCAGUAUUGACUCGCAGAUCACCACCCACUCAAGGGCCUCCCAGUAUUCCCAGUGUAGAAGAUGCCGUUUCACAAGCCAGGCGAUGCCUCAGGGAUGUUGAGAAACAGCAUGGAAGCAAGAGCAAGCAAGCGAUUCAUCUUGCCUCCGAGCUGGCCUUGCAACUUGAGGAAAUCGUCCCUGGCACCGAGGAAGCUGGACAACUCCUUCGCCGAGCCCUGAAAGAUUCCAUUGAGAUGUAUGGCAAUGAUCACCUGAACACCUUGAUGACUGUGAACAAUUUGGCCGUUUACUUGGACAACAUCGGUGAGAAACCCGAAGCCCUGAAGCUGUACCGCUGGGCACGAGAUGGACGCAUGAAGCAGCUCGGGCCAACCCAUCCCUACACCUUGGAUUCCAUCUACAAUUUGGCCUCCUUCCUGCUGUCUGACAACCAACUCGCCGAGGCCAAGGCCGCCUUCAUUGAGGCACGCAAUGGUUGCGUGGAAUGCUUUGGUUGGAAUCACCAUGGAACAUUGGAUUGCAUCGAGCGCAUGGUGGACAUCCUCAAAGCUGAAGGGAACUUGACAGAAGCUGUGGAGGUUUGCAAAGAUCUUUUGGCUCGUUCAACUGAGAUCCAUCCCAAAGAUCAUCCACAGAAUCUCAAGACGUCGGUGACCUUGGCUUCUCUGCUGGCAGAAUGUGGCCGUAUGUCCGAAGCAGAAGAAGCCCAUUUGAACUCGAUUGAAAUUCAUGAGAAAGCCUUUGGCUUCAACGAUCCCAACACGCAGGAGUUGACCUAUGGCCUGGUAGAGUACUACACUCAGAACGACAAGAUCCACGAGGCCGAGAAGCUCUUGCGGGAGAAGAUCUACCAGUGCGAGCAGCGCUAUGGCACCACUGCUACAGUUGUGCUGGGCUAUGUGGAGGAUUUGGCCAUUUGUUUGUGGAAUUCCGGUCAGUUGGAAGAGUCCGAAAGCCUCUUCUGCCGAGUGCUCUUGAGCAGGAGGAGGGCUUUGGGAGUGGAACACGAGGACACCUUGCGGUCCAUGUCCAACUUGGCGGUCUUGCUGGAACGCAGUGACCGGAUUGAGGAGGCUUUGAAGCUCUAUCAGCAGGUUCAAGCGGGGACGUCCAAGGUUUUUGGCUUGGUGCAUCCGAAGACCUUAGAGAGUACCCUCGCCUUGGGAGUUUGCCUAGCAGAGGCUGGAAGAUCCAACGAGGCUGAGGCAGUGAUGCAAGGUCUCUACUCGGAGCUGGAAGCGCAGGGCUUCAGCCCAGACCAUGAGUGGGUUCUCCUUUGCAGCGACAAAUUGGGCGAGUUGGCCAAGCUUCGUGACGACCUUCCCCGCGCCGAGGAGAUGUUCCGACACGGCUUCCAGGCACGCAUCACGCAGAAGGAUUGCGAGGAUGCCGAACUAGCAAACUCCGCCUAUAACUUGGCAGUGUGUUUGGCCCAGCAGGGUCAAGAUGCUGAAGCAGAAGCAUGCUUUCGCAAGGCUGUGGAGGCGUACACUCGAGCCUUUGGGCCGGAAGAUCCCUACACCUUGGAUGCCAUUUUCAAUUUAGCUGUCGCCUUGGAGGACCAAGAUGAAAGGGUAGAAGCUGAGAAACUCUACAAGGCAGCGGCAGACGGUCGCGCAAGCAUCCCACAGUUCUCGCUGAGUGCAUUGCUGUUUAACACAGGCUGCAGUGCCGAAAACAGGCGUGGUCAGCUCAUCAACUGGAUUCCAGAACAAGGGGUUUUUGAGAUCGCCCUCUUAAGCACUGGGCGAACUGUGUCCGUGGAUCCGAAGGACUGCCACACGGUGAUCGACUGCCAGGGACCGGCUACUGGUGGCGGACCAGAGAGCUUUGACAUCGUUGUUGGGCCUCGAACCAAUCGAGAUGCGUUGGGCGAGGCACUUUCGAACAGACUUCUCGAAAGAGGAUUUUGCGUCCUUCGCCUUAUCCAGAGAGAUGAUGAUCGUAGUCAGAUGCACAAGAUGAUGAGACAAUUUGAUUCAGAGGGCAGGCUUUGCCGACUGGCGACUGAAGUUGAGGAGGGAUACCUUGGAAAGGGUGGUCGCGGCAAAGUCAUGUGGCUAGAUCCAGAGGAUUCCUCUGUGCCAGUGGGAUCGGUUCUACGAAGGAAUGAUGCAAACAUCACUAGCUUGGCUGAGAUCCUCCAGCCUUUUGCGGAGGACGUUCUUGGCGCACCCAUCGCGGAGAGAACUCCAGCCAUGGCUUGCAUGUCCAUGAGUGACGCCGAAGAGGCAGUCUAUGAGCAUCCCACAGCCUCUGACACCAUCAUCGAGGAGUUCUAUGGCAACUGGGCUCGUAGUGUUCUCAGAGUGGUGCACUUCAUGGGUCCUGGGGAGUGCAAGGUGGAAUUGUCCACCAAAGAAGAUGCUCCACUGAAACGUUUAGAUGACAGCUAUGAAAUCACAGCUGGCCCCAACACGAUCAUCGUGGUGAGGCAAGACACCUUCGACUAUUGGUGUGAUGAGCCAGAGGAUGAAAGUGAGGCUUUCUGGCUCCAGGCAUUUCUGCUGCGAGCUGGACCCAGCUGGACCUUGGGCGAUCUCAUUGAUGGCGACUUGAGCCUGUUGGUCAGCAGAGGUGAAGGACCACCUCCACCCACUGGUCCUGACGUAGUGGCAGUGGUCGCACUUUCGCUGCAAGCCUGCGGCAAAAUGACCGACCAUCACAAAGAGUGGGCAGCAUACAUGGCUGGCGUCGAUGCUCAGCUGGAGAUGCCCAUAACGCGUUUUGAAUACUUGCCCUACUACAGCGAAGAAGUCGACAUGCCUCAGGGCACCACCUUUGUGAAACACUUUUCGGUGCAAGAUGGUGUCGAGUUGUUCGACAACAAAGCCUUUGAGAUCUCCAACAUGGAGGCAGAAUGUAUGGAUCCCAUGUUUCGACAAGUCAUGGAGGUUGGCUACCUCUCCACCCUACAGAUCGGCUUAACCAAGAAGAUUGCCAACAGCAAGUCGACCCACGCGUCCAUGUCUGUGGGCUUGGACAAGCAGGAGUGGAACCAAAUGCCAGUGCCCUCGAGUGUUGCCACCAACAACCAGCUGGCAAUCGUUGCGAACCGCUUCAACUACUCCUUCAACUUGAAAGGUGGAAGCUAUGCCUGUGACACCGCUUGCUCCUCUUCGUUGGUGGCGUCCCACUUGGGCAAGGUGAACCUGUUGGAACAGCGCUGGGAUCCACUCGAAUGGCACUUGGGGCUGGGCACCGGCUUGACCUUGACCGUUGGAUCCUUCAUUGGCGGCUGCGCGGCGCACAUGCUUUCCCCUGGCGGUCGCUGCUUCACCUUCAAUGCCACGGCGAAUGGCUACAAUCGAGGAGAUGGCACUGCCGCCUUCAUCAUCAAGAAUGGAACUUUCGAGAAUGAAAGGGUGGCAUUCCUUCGAGGAACGCAGAUUGGCCAGGAUGGGCGAAGUGCCAGCAUGUCUGCACCCAACGGACCAGCACAGGAGAAAUGCGUCUGGGGUGCUCUUCGAGAGGCAAAAAUGAGACCACCGGAAUCCACCGUGUGGGAAUGCCAUGGAACAGGGACCUCCCUGGGUGAUCCCAUCGAAGUGGGAGCCGUUCGAAAGGUCCAGAUCAAAGAGCCUCGGCAAGAGCCGCUGUUGAUCGCCAGUAGCAAGUCCAACCUGGGUCACUUGGAGGGCAGUGCGGCGGCCAUUGCCAUGAACAAGUGCAUUCUGGUGGUGAUGCAUGCCAUGGCUUUGCCGACGCAGCAUGUGAAGUGUCUGAAUCCUCACUUGGACCACGCGGCCUUCGAUGCUUUGUACACCACGGAACAUACCGUCUACAAGUAUGCCCAGGGCCAUUGUCAGGUGUCCUCCUUCGGUGUGGGUGGAACCAACGGCCACGCCAUCUUCUGGGGUGAGAAGGCACAGCCGGACGUGGAUUUCCGCAAAGUCUUCUUGAAGAAGAUCAUGCGAGCCACUCCACCUAUCGUCACAGAUGGCACAACCGAUCCCUCGCUUUGGGACUACAGAGGGCUGGACUACAAAGCCACAAUGGGCGACAGCUACAAAGUCAUGUUGGAAAAGGAUCCGCUCACGGGUGAAGAGUCGGUGACUUUCGAGAAGGAGCAGGUGAAGGAGGAUCCUGCAGAGUUCUAUGCGACGACUGGCAACCACAAUGAGUGGGAUGUUGACCGAAUGCAGGAAGGUAAUGUGCCUGGACUCUACUUCCAAGACAUUCCGGUGCCAGAUGGCGGAACGUUGGAAUUCCGAAUCCUUGCAUCUCAGCUGCACUGA